UAUGAGAGCAAAUGGUUCUAUUCAUAACGGCCAACUUUUAUUAAUCAUGAUUUAUUUUCCCCCUCCUAUUUAGCGUGGUGAAAUGAUCAUUCUUGGUACUGAGUACGCUGGUGAAAUGAAGAAGGGUAUCUUCACUGUCAUGCACUAUCUUCAACCCAAGCAAUACAACGUCUUGUCUUUGCACUCUUCUGCUAAUGAAGGUCCUGCUGGCGAUGUCACCCUUUUCUUUGGUCUCUCUGGUACUGGCAAGACCACCCUUAGUGCUGAUCCCAAGCGUAAGCUUAUUGGUGAUGAUGAACAUUGCUGGAGUGACACUGGUGUCUUCAAUAUUGAAGGUGGAUGCUAUGCAAAGUGUAUCGACUUGUCGGCCGAGAAGGAACCUGAAAUUUUCAAUGCCAUUCGCUUCGGUUCCGUUCUUGAAAACGUUGUUCUUGAUGAACAAAGCCGUGUCGUUGACUACUCCGAUGACUUCCUUACUGAGAACACUCGCUGCGCCUACCCCAUCGAUUACAUUCCCAAUGCUAAGAUUCCUUGCCUUGGUGGUCACCCCAAGAACUUGAUCUUGCUUACAUGCGAUGCCUUCGGUGUCCUCCCCCCUGUCUCCAAGUUGACUCCCGACCAAGUCAUGUUCCACUUCUUGAUGGGUUACACCACCAAGAUUCCCGGUACCGAAGACGGUAUCGUCGAACCCCAAGCUACUUUCUCUGCCUGCUUCGGUUCUCCUUUCCUUGUCUUGCAUCCUCAAAAGUAUGCCACCAUGCUCGCCGAAAAGAUGAGCCAACACCAGACGAAUGCUUGGUUGAUCAACACUGGAUGGGUUGGUGGUUCUGCCAAGAACGCUAAGCGUUGCCCUCUCAAGUACACUCGUGCUAUCUUAGAUUCCAUUCACAACGGUGAACUUGCUAAUGCUGAAUACGAGACCUUCGAGGUAUUCAACCUCAGCAUCCCCACAUCUGUACCCGGUGUUCCUAAUGAGCUUCUUCAUCCCCGACGUGCCUGGCAAGGAACUGAUGCUGAAUUCACCACUGCAUUGCACUCUGUCGGCAAGAUGUUCAACGACAACUUGGAACUUUACAAGGAUGGUGCUAGUGCCGAGACCAUUGCUGCUGCUCCUGUUGUUCCUGUAUAAAUUUUCU